AUGAUUGACUUGAAUUUGGACUUCGACGAUGAAAUCAAACUGCCAUCACAGUCGCGUAAAAACAGUCAACAGAAGAACAAAAAUCGAAAAGAACUGCUUCUGGCGAAGAGAAAGAAGCAAAAGGCGCAGUAUGAACGAAAAAAGGCAAAAGCGACUAAACUUCUGGAAAAACACGGAAUGAUCAAAAAGCCAAGCACGACAACAAAUAAGAAACCAUUCAACUCUCAGUCUUCUUCUGACAAAAGUACAGUGCCUGACAGUUCUAGCGACAAACAAGCACUAAAAAGAAAACCUGAGCAAAAAUCAAGCGAAUCUCGGUUCAAAAAGAAGAAGCUCCUUGAAGCGGACAAGGAUCAAAAUUACGUGCGAAAGUUUGAUGGGAAGUUUUCAAAUAUGCAAAGUCUUGCUAGAAAUCUCUUCGACGAAGAUGCUGAUGAAAUUGAGCUUCCAGCCCAAAGAACGGUCCAUCGAGAAGAUUUGUUCAACAACAUUGUUGGAUUCGAUAGUUUGAAAAUACACCCCCAUUUGGUUGGAAAUUUGACGACGAUUUUUAAGCUCCAGUCGCCGACUCUAGUCCAGCAAAAGUCGAUUCCUCAGAUCUUGGAAGGCGGAGACACCCUGAUUCGUUCUCAAACUGGUUCUGGAAAGACGCUUGCUUACAUGCUACCUAUUUUCGAUAAAUUAAUGAAAAUGGAAAAUCUCGAUCGUAAAUCUGGCGUCAUGGCCGUUAUCGUCGUUCCUACUCGAGAACUCGUCGGUCAAACCUACAAAGCUGCUGUUCAAUUAACCAGGGCUUGUACAAAGAUUGUAGCUUGCGAACUAACCGGUGGACAAAAUCGAAACUCGGAAAAAGCCAGGUUGCGCAAGGGAAGCCACAUUUUAAUCAGCACCCCUGGCCGCCUGAUCGAUCAUCUCGAGAAAACCGGCUGUUUGAAGAAAAUGCCAGCGCUGGAAAUGUUGGUGCUGGACGAAGCAGAUAGAAUGCUGGAAAUGGGAUACAUGGAGAAGAUCAAACACGUGAUUAUGCUUUUGAAAGAGCGAAAAUUGGAGGAAACAAAGCUGCAGAAUGUUCUUUUGAGCGCAACUCUGAGUGAAAAUGUUGAAAGUUUGGCUGGAUUGGCGCUUGAUGAUCCGAAGAGAAUCGUGCUCGAUGAGAAUGAAGGGGGCAACGAAAAGUUUGCGAUUCCGAAUACGCUUCAAAUGAGAGUCGUUGUCAUCCCACCAAAGCUUCGAUUAAUCUGCCUUGCGUCAGCAAUUUUGGAGAAAAAGAAAACGCUUGUGUUUGUAAAUACGAUGGCAGAAGUCAACUUUUUGUUUGAAAUCUUUUCGAAAAUUGGAUUCCCGAGGAAGAUGAAAAUGCUCACGCAUCGACUUCAUGGAAACAUGGAGCAAAAAGAACGAGUGGAAAAUAUGAACUCGUUUUUGAAGGCUGAAAGAGCGGUUUUGAUUGCUACAGACGUGGCUUCUAGAGGAUUAGAUUUGCCGAAUGUGGAAACGAUCGUUCAGUUCUCGCCACCAGGAAGUGCGAGAGAAUAUGUUCAGCGAGUCGGUAGAACUGCCAGAAAAGGAGAUACAGGACAAUCGUUGCUUUUCUUAUUGCCUACUGAAGUUGGAUUUUUAUCCGCCGUUGCUGCUGUUGGAGCUGGUCAGUGGGACCAGUCGGAUGUUGAGGAUAUUUUGAAAGUCGUCUUCAGUAACAAAAAGAACUCAGAACAACAAAUGCGUGAAGAAGCAGCCGCCUUUCAGAACGAAAUCGAGGAGUAUAUUUCUCAAAAUGACAGUCUGCGAGAAUUGGCAAUCGAGGGUUAUUGCUCGUUUAUCCGUUCAUACGCCGCGUAUCCAUCAGAAUUGAAGCCAAUCUUCCACAUCAAAAAGUUGCACCUCGGCCACAUUGCCAAGAGCUUCGGAAUUCGGGAUAAGCCGACGGACUUCUUGACUGGACGAGAUGACCUCAAGUGGGCGCAGAAGAGGGAGGACGCAGGUGCCGUCAUCGACCAGGCGACAAAGGACAAGGCAAAGGAAAGAAAGGAAAAGAGAAAGAAGAUCGUCGAGACGAAAAUGAAGGAUUUGAUUUUGAGCGAGUUUGCUGCUUAA